AUGAAGAGUUGUGUCACGUGGAUUGAUAAGCAGUUGAAGUCUCAUCCUCCAAAGAACGUUGAAUCAAAAAUCUUGCGUGAGCAUAUCAAGAAAGAGAGGGAGGCAGCAAAGGCUAGAAAACGACCAUACUAUCUAAAGAAAUCUGAACUUCGCGAAAGGAAGUUGAUGAACAAGUACAACGAGCUCAAGGAGGCAGGAAAGCUUGAUGCAUUAAUGGAAAAGCGGCGGAGGAAGAAUGCCUCUAAAGAUCAUCGGUUCAUGCCGUACCGACACAAUAGUUUCCUGAUUCUAGAGGCGAGCGAAAGGAUGAUUUUAGGACGGUCUUCUCGUGGUGGCUGGACACUGGACAUUACAACUACACUGCAUAUGCUGGCAGAUUUGUUUAUAUAUUACUCCUGCUGA